UUUCCCUUCAAUCAUCUGCUAUCACAAACAUUUCCUACUUACUCUUCCAUUUAUCAUAUUGUAUCGCACUAUCACAAUACCAAUACCAAACUAUCAAACUAUCACACUAUUAGACUACACAAUCAUAACUCUCACUAGUAUACACCUGAUGGCCAGCUACUAGUAGGUAUGAGAGAGCCAUGAAAUACAUGAGUGAAAUCUUGCGCAAGGAUCGGAUCAUUCUUUUCAAGAUACUGCGCACCCAAACAAAUUAACAAGUUAACAAGUCUUACCACUGACGACACCAACCCCUCCUCCCCACCGCUUUCCAGUCCACAUUCAACGAAUAUCGGUGUGCACAAUAUUGUCGAUUUUAUUUAUCUUCUACCUUCAGCCAAAACUUAUUGAAUACGCUCCGAAGUGUCAUAUUUCCUUCACGAAUUUUGCCCGGCCAUCCACAAUCAGGGUGUCGAGCAUCGUCCGGUCAAAUCUCGAGAUGCAAGCACCGAUGAUAUCAGUGCCUCUCAAGGCAACCAACGAGAUCGACUGGAUACAGCCGUUGAAGAACUAUAUCAGACAGACGUAUGGCGACGAUCCGGAGCGAUAUGCGGAAGAAUGUGCUACCCUCAACCGCUUGCGACAGGACAUGCGAGGAGCUGGCAAGGACAGUGCUGCGGGCAGAGACCUACUUUACAGAUACUAUGGCCAGCUGGAAUUAUUAGACCUGCGAUUCCCGGUCGACGAGAACCAUAUCAAAAUUUCCUUUACUUGGUAAGGAUCUGACCCAGUGAGAGAUAUUGGAAUUUUGCUUACGACGUUGGCAGGUUUGAUGCGUUCACACAUAAAGCCACUGCACAAUACUCCCUGGCUUACGAAAAAGCUUCGAUUAUAUUCAACAUUUCUGCCGUGCUAUCAUGUCAUGCAGCGCAUCAAAACCGAUCAGAAGACUCGGGUCUUAAAACUGCGUAUCACUCUUUUCAAGCAUCUGCCGGCAUGUUCACUUAUAUCAACGAGAACUUUCUCCACGCGCCAUCCACGGACUUAAGUCGAGAUACAGUCAAGACUUUGAUUCAAAUUAUGCUUGCUCAAGGCCAGGAGGUAUUUCUUGAAAAACAAAUCGCCGACGGUAAAAAGGUUGGACUAUUAGCAAAACUUGCUAGCCAAGCAGGUUAUUUGUAUUCUCAGGCGCUGGAGGGAACCCAGGACAACGUAAAUAAGGCCAUAUUUGAGAAAGUUUGGCUACUGGUGGUACAAGUAGGUGCUUCUAAUAUUCCUUGUCUGGUUUUUGGAAUACGUUUGGCCAUAUCAAUGUUCCAGCGCAAGAUCGGUACUAACACAAAAUAGAUCAAAGCAAAUUACAUGUCAUCCCUAGCUCAAUAUUACCAAGCUCUUGCAGAUGAUGAUGCAAAUUCACAUGGUGUAGCCAUUGCACGACUACAGGCAGCAGAACUUACAUCUAAGGAUGCUAGCAAACUUGCUAACAGUUUCCCCGGAAACGUACCUGUCAAUUCAAACUUCACAUCAGAGACGGGUACAACAUUAAUAGAGAUUAACAGGCGUCAUCUUACUAAUGUGCAAGAAAAACUUGCUGAGCUUAUUAAGGACAAUGACUACCUCUAUCACCAGACUGUACCAGCCGAAGCAGCCCUCACUGUAAUCCCCAAACUUCCAGCGGCUAAAGCGAUACCAGUUAGCGAAUUAUACGCUGGACAAGAUAUUCAACGUAUCACUGGACCUGAUAUCUUCCAAAAGAUUGUCCCCAUGUCUGUUACGGAGUCAGCCAGUUUAUACGACGAAGAAAAGGCGAAAUUGGUGCGGGCAGAGACGGAGCGCGUAGAAACCGCCAACAGCGAAAUGGCUGCAAGCCUAGACUAUCUUAGAUUACCCGGAGCAUUACAGGUUCUAAAGGGCGGUUUUGAUCAAGAACUUAGCGGAGGCGAAGACUUUAGGAAUUGGUGCGACGAUUUAGCCGGUCAUGUUUCUCCCAUGUCAAUAUUUGAUUCUUUGAAAUCAAGCAAAGAAGCUAUAGUAUCGAUAUUGGACAAAAGCAGCAAGCAGUUGGAUAUGGAGGAGAGCGUCUGUGAGAAAAUGCGGUCAAAGUAUGAAGGAGAGUGGACUCAACAACCAAGCUCACGACUGACCUCUACACUUCGAAAUGAUAUACGAAACUAUCGUGAAGCUCUUGAGGAGGCUGCCCGUAGUGAUAAUCUACUUUACUCAAAAAUAUGCCAGCAUGAGGUUGAUUUUGACGAAAUGCGCUCUGCUGGUGAACUAGGCGAGUCUGAUGUGCUCUUCCAAAGGGCGUUGAUACAGGUCGGAGGAAAGUCGAGGAAUACCGCCGCAAGUCCAAGUUCGCGAGAGGGAAAUCUACUUGAUGACGAUUUCGACGAUGGCAAAAAGAGUGUCGCGGAACAGAUAGCCAAAGUUGAGGAGAUUCUCAAAAAAUUAAACCUAGUGAAGCGGGAGAGAUCACAAGUUUUGAAAGAUCUAAAAGAAAUGGUUCGUGAAGUAACUUGGAUCAAGUUUUUUGGUGACUAAUCAUAGAGUAGGCACAUACUGAUGACAUUUCUCAUGUCCUUAUUCUCAACAAAAAGUCUAUCUCAAAUUAUGAGACUCAGCUUUUCCAAACAGAGCUUGAGAAGUACCGACCUUAUCAGAGUCGUUUGUUAUCUGCAAAUCACAAACAAUCAUCACUAAUGAAAGAACUGACACUCACAUUUAAUGAUCUCUUACAAGAUAAGAGAGUUCGGUCUGAGCAAAGCAAAUAUGAGACUAUAACCCGACAACGGUCAUCGGUAAUGUCAAAGUAUAAGAGAAUUCAUCAAGAAUAUCUAGAUCUACAAGCUGGCCUUGAAGGUGCAAAACAAUGGUAUACCGAGAUGAAGGAUACUGUUAAUAGCCUCGAUAAGAAUGUCGAGACAUUUGUCAAUAAUCGUAGGUCAGAAGGCGCCCAACUUCUAAACCAGAUCGAGCAAGAUCGAGCAAGCAAUGCAAAUGGACAUGCGGAUAGGGAGCGCGAACGUCUCAGAGGAUUGAUGGAACGCAUGUCUAUGGACCCAUCAACCUCACCAACAUCCGGCAAACCCCCUCGUAAGGGUUCCAAUGCAUACAGCAAUACAUCUCCGUCGACAAGGUAUCCAAGUACAAAUUUUGCCGGACAGUACCAGGUACCCACCUCGCCACCUCCACAGACCACUACUGCACCUCCGACACGCGGCUCUAUAUCUGCCCCUGCUAACGGGGGAUAUUAUCCUCAACAACCAUCCCAGAGAGCUGACCCGUACAACUCAAACCCUGGGAGGUCUUCACCGUAUGGUCAAUACAACCCAAGCACGCAUUCCCGCAACGCCUCUCAGCCCAUGUCACCUCCACCAAAUCAGAGCCAAUUUCCGCGCUCACCUCCGCCGCAGCAAAGUCAAUUCCAACAAAAUCAACACCACUACGCGACAAUGGCACCGCAACAACAGGGGCAAUAUGUCCCAGCUGGAUACGUACCCCCGCCCCCACCACCAGGACCACCACCUCUUGGCCCUCAACAAACCUUUCACCAAGCCGGCACUUCCAUAACAGGUCAAAAUGACUAUGGAUAUGGAAAUAAUGCUGCUUCUCAUCAACGGGCUGCAUCGCAGCAGAGUUCGAGUGAUCCUUGGGCUGGGCUUAACGCAUGGAAGUAAAGAACCCGGAGUACAUUGGGAAAUUUCAGACAUUGGAAGGAGCGGACAUAGGGAGAUUACAACUUGGCUUAUGGGAGGAUAUGGCGCCGAGGACGAAGGAAUUAGUAAAUGGAGAUUGUGAUACCAAUUCAGAGCGGCAAUGGCAUGGAGAAAGGCAGGAAAUGUAUUUAUAUUCUCUGGAAUCGCAGAACCAUCUCUGUUCUACUUGAUAGUAAAAUCCUGCAAUUUUGAAAGAAAUUUACACGCCCGAGACCU